AUGGUGGGCACUGCUUCGCAUUGGGCGCAUGCUGCGCUCGAUCCAGCUACGCAUUUGCUUCCGGCCGUGCGCUCCUUCUACCCCGCAUUUAGCGCGUACUUCCGCAACACCAAGACGCUUACCAACGUUGGCACCUACAAGGCGUUUUAUGCGGAUGCCGAUCCGUUUCAUUCGGCCAUGGCUUUCUGCGCGCUCGUCAGCUUCUACGUGUGGAUCAUGGAGAGGAUCACGGGCAACGCUUCGCAGGUGGAUGGGCUCUGGACCUUCCUCCCUCUCAUCUAUUCGGUUCACUUUACCGUGCACAAGCACUUCACCUACCAGCCCGCCAAGCUCAGCCUCUUGCAAGGAAUCGAGCAUGCUACCGUCUGGGACAAGAUUGAGCCCAGGUUGGCGCUCAUGACUGCGCUUUCAGUGCUGUGGUCUGCUAGGCUCACUUACAACGCUUACAGGCGCGGCAUGUUCAAGCCUGGUGAGGAAGACUACCGAUGGCCUCUGCUUCGUAAGAGCAUGUCUCGUCCCGUGUGGCAAGUGUUUUCGAUUCUGUUCAUUGCUAUCGCCCAGAACAUUCUGCUGGCCAUCACGGCGCUCCCCAACUACCUGCUCCUCACCACCACCUCGGUCAAGCACGUCACGCAGCCCGUCCCGCGUCCCGUCAACAAGCUCAUCUUGGGCGACUACAUUCUGGCUGCUCUGUUUGUGCUCAACCUCACUGUUCAAUUCUACGCUGAUCAACAGCAGUGGAACUACCAGAACUACAAACGAGGCAAGAAUCCGCACGAGAAGCCGCUGCCCAACGCUAUGCUUGACCCCGUCACAAAACUUCCGCUUCACAACCAGAACGUCAUGCCAUUUUCUACCCCGGAAGAUGCGCAACGAGGAUUCGUCACCAAAGGCCUCUGGGCUUGGAGCCGUCACCCCAACUUUGCGUGCGAGCAGACCACCUGGUGGAUCCUGUACGCUUUCGUACCGCUCACCUUGCUGCCUGCCGAUCUGGACUUGACCAAAAGCCACUGGUCGCACUUUAUCAACUACGCCAUCUUGGCUCCUCUGGCCAUGAACGCCCUGUUCCUGCCUAGCACCAGGUACUCGGAGCAGGUGUCGGCGGAAAAGUACCCAGAGUACAAGGAUUACCAGAAGAGGGUGGGCAUGUUUUUACCCAUCGACACGCUGCUUAGGAGCGUCUACUACAACGUCGUUGCUAAGAAGGAGGACAAGCUGCGCGUCGAGGCCAAUGUCUGGGGCAAGAGCCAGCUCAAUAAGAAGAAGCGCCAGUAG